AUGGCCUCCAACACCGCGGCUCUACCCACGACCCACCGCGCUCUAGUGUUGCGUGACGUCAACAUCGACCCGAAAGUCGAACAGGUGCCUGUACCAGAAGUACUUCCGGGCACCGCUCUUCUCCGCGUUCUAGCUUCGCCUAUCAUCUCGUACACUAAGGACGUCUUCCUCGGCAACAAGCGCGGUUAUCCCUACCCAUUGCCCCUGGUUCCAGGCGCUUCGGCAGUCUGCCGAGUGGCCGCCUUAGGACCGGACGCCACGAGCUUGGAGAUCGGCCAGCUCGUUCAGUUCGACUGCCUUGUUCGUGCUCGGGACGCUCAGGAUGGGCCAAAGCAGUUCCUAAGCGCGUUCUUUGACGGCUUUAGUGCCGCGAGCAAGAAAUUGAUGAGGGAUGCCUUCCGCGAUGGUACCUUUGCCGAGUACGUGCGGGUUCCCCUAGAGAACGUGUUCGUGUUGGAUGAGUCUCGACUCUUGGGAAGUCCUGGCUCUGGAGGCUUGGGGCUUCAAGUCGAAGAACUGGGUGAGCUGGUAGCGUUGCCAGUGCCCUUUGGCGGUCUCAACGGUGUCGACUUGAAGCCCGGCGAGCUGGUGCUGAUCAGUCCAGCGACGGGACCCUUUGGAGGAGCCGCGUGUAUGGUUGCAUUGGCUAUGGGGGCCAAGGUGCUGGCUUGGGGCCGAGAUGAGAAGAAGCUCGAGAACGUUCAGGGCAUAUCGGAGACAAUCAGCCACGGUCGCUUUAGGGGUAUGGUCAAUGUAGUUAAGUUGUACAAUGAUCCGAGCAAGGACGCCGAAGCUAUCAAAACUGCAGCAGGGGGUCGUCCGAUCGAUGUGUUCUUUGACAUUUCCCCUCCGCAAGCUGCCGGAUCAACUCAUCUCAAGACAGGCAUCCAGUCCUUACGACACAGUGGCAGAGUCAGUCUUAUGGGAGGUUUGAUGGGGGAUGUUCCGCUACCCCACCACUUCAUCAUGCACAACGACAUUACACUCAAGGGCAAAUGGAUGUACAGCCGCGAUGACCUUCUGCUCUUGAUCAAGAUGGUGGAGACUGGCAUUUUGAAAAUCGGAAGAGAAGGCGGGUGCACAGUUGCUGGUAUAUUUGGUCUUGAUGAUUGGAAGCAGGCCUGGGACGUUGCUGAAGAGAAGGCCGGCCUUGGCGAGAAGGUCUUGAUAAAACCUUAG